AUGAAGUGUCUGCAAUUUAAGAAGAUAGUAGCGGUAGAUAUCUUAGCUUCCGCCGUGUUGGGCGCAUUUACUAGAAAGAACUUCAUUGAUGGAGUUAUGACGGAUCUUGUGCGAAUAGCAGAGGAUGAAAGUGUCAAAGUCGACCAUGACGUUUCGAAGUUGGGAUACUACGUUGUGGUUGAGUCGCCUGGGAGUGACCUGGGACGGUAUGCGAGAGCGCUUGCCAGUGCCAGGAGAAGCGAUGCCUCGGACGGCGACCACAAGCGGAUUGAAGAGAGUACCGAUGAGACUGGGUGGUCCCCUGCCUCAAGCUUUUACGACCCGUGCUCGUAUGAAUCUGGUUCUAUUCAGAUGAGUGAUGAGCUUCGUAAAUUUUUUGCAAGCAUGCGCGAUGUAAUAGCUCAUGGUUACGGAUUAUUGGAUGAUGGAGUUACCGCAGACGAGAAGGACAGGUUCUUAUUGUCUGUGCUGGGUCUGUUCAAUUCGGAAUACCUAUCGUCGGCACAAAUUUCGCGUGACGAGUUGUCGUUCUCGGAGUUCUUGUCCUUCUCUAAAAAGUAUCUACUCCGUAUGACGGCAUCGGACAAAACUCCGGUUCCUCACUCCAGACGAGAAGCGCCUGCAGCACGAGCCCAGUCGCCCCCGAGUCUUCAGAUGCCUGCGCCACAACCGAGGACGACCGGCACCGUGUCGCCGCUGCGCACGGAGACCAGUGACCGAGCGGGCACGGUCGACCAGACGGUACUGGGCUGCGAGCCAGUCGUCGUCUGCCAACCGAAGACCAGCGACCGACCGGGCACGAUCCGGCAGGACUGUGACCCAGUUGAUGUCGGAGCGCCACACUCGAAGUGGCGCCUCUGCUGCUUCUAA